CCACAACAACAACAGUCCAUAAUAUGCUGAUUACCGAAACACUGCAUAAAUAUGUUAUACUUCAAAAAUAAUUUUUUCGAGUUUGUAUAAUUUAACUCAUAGCAUGAAUUGGUUUUUAUUUACAAAUUUGUAUUAAACUGUAAUUUGUUUGUAAAAUACACGUCGUAUAAUAUUAAAUUGUAGUUCUAAAAGUCGUUUGUAUAUAUUUGUUAUUUAAACCGUAAUUUUGAAAUGGAAGUCGAUAACCCAGAAGAAAGUGCCUCAACCACGGCCGUAGUGGAUCCCAUGGAAGGAUCUUCGACCAGCAUAAACGACGUAUUAACCACCGUGACUCCUCAAACAAUAACUAUUAAAAGUGACUUAAAUAUGCCAUGGAUUGAAAAAUAUCGUCCAAAAUCAUUUACUGACAUUGUGGGAAAUGAAGAAACAGUCUUGCGACUGGAAAAGUUUUCUUCGUGUGGAAAUGUACCAAACAUAAUUAUUGCUGGUCCUCCUGGUGUUGGUAAAACAACAACGAUAUUGGCUCUGGCUAGAAUACUUCUAGGUAGUGCAUUUAAAGAAGCUGUAUUAGAAUUAAACGCGUCCAGUGACCGUGGUAUUGAAACAGUACGAAAUAAAAUCAAAAUGUUUGCCCAGCAAAAAGUUACAUUGCCUCCUGGUAGACAUAAAAUAAUUAUUUUGGACGAGGCCGAUAGUAUGACUGAUGGAGCUCAACAAGCACUUAGACGUACUAUGGAAUUAUGGAGUAAUACAACAAGAUUUGCACUGGCCUGUAACAAUAGUGACAAAAUUAUUGAAGCAAUUCAAUCACGUUGCGCCAUGUUGCGAUAUGGAAAGCUUUCAGAUCAAGAAGUUAUGACACAGAUUCUUAAAGUCUGCAAACAAGAAGAGGUAUCAUUCAGUGCUGACGGUUUAGAAGCUGUUGUAUUUACUGCUCAAGGUGACAUGCGACAGGCGUUGAACAAUUUACAAUCCACUUGGAAUGGUUUUAGACACGUCAAUAGUGCAAAUGUAUUCAAAGUUUGUGAUGAGCCACAUCCCCUACUUGUUAAAGAAAUGUUAUUGGAAUGUGCUGACCAAAAUAUUUCUAAGGCGUACAAAAUAAUGGCCCAUUUAUGGAAACUAGGUUAUGCCCCUGAAGACAUUAUUACAAACAUAUUUAGAGUUUCUAAACAUUUGGAAAUCAAGGAAUCUCUGAAAUUAAAAUUUAUACAGGAAAUUGGAAUGGUUCACAUAAGGAUUGUUGAAGGAAUGAACUCACUACUUCAAUUAUCAGGAUUAUUAGCUAAGUUGUGCACAGUAGCGGCCAUAACAGAAAAUUAAUAAAGUUAAAAUUUGUGAUAACAUAAGUUUCAUUAUUUUCCUCAUAUCAAUUUUCUAGAUUAUUCUUUCAGUAUACCAUUAUAAUAAACAAUGUAAUUAAAAAUUAUUUAUUGAAUCAUUCAUAAUAUUUUAAAGUAUGAUUUAUAAAAAUACAUUGUGUUUCAAAAACUACUAUAUAUUAUGAUGUGCGACAUUUUUAUUAUUAUUUUAGUAUCAAUGUAAAUAUUAAAUUGUUUUUUUAAAUUAAA